CAUCCCGCCCAUAUUCUUUUCCUCUCAUUGUUUUUCAACACCAGUCGCUCUUUUCACCCUAGGGAACUGCCAUGGCGCGUCUGCACCAGCACCGAGAGGUCGGACAGCUUUGGUGGGGAGCCCGUCGAAGUUUACACACGACACGAUCGCCUCCCACAAGAUCCUCCACACGCACCUUGUGCCUUCGAUAUGGCCCUCCCCUCUUCUUUGCGACCGCCGCGACCAGUUACCUGACCACGCGUCCCACACUCCUUAAGCCCACGCUCCUUGACGGCCCCAAACCCUCUACAUGGUACUCAUAUGGUGGUGCUUCGGCGCGCAGCAAUUCCACAAGCACGGGGAAACCUGUACCCACCUCGACCACAUCUGAUCCCACCGAAGGGAAUGGUGACCAACCAAAACCCCCACCUCAGACUCGUGUUGUAAACGAGGGAGGUGGCGAGACAAAAGUCGAGGAUCAACGGUCCGCCUGGGAGACCAUUACCAAGAAGAUCUCGGAAGCCCCCAAAUCUGUCACUUCGUUGGGUGAUAGCAUAGUCGACUAUGUGAUUCCCAAUUGGGCGAAGAUGCUUCCUGCUUUCGCAAGGAAGCUACAAAGCGAGUUGUCCAUGGAACCGGGUUCUCUGGCAGAGGAAAUUUGGUACGAAGCGAAUGACCCUGAAAUCAACCCAGAAAUCAUUUGGGACGCUUCUGUGCGCGUGUCCAAUGACCUCUGCGCAGAGGAGAAAAACUUCAGGAACAAACGUCAGGCUUUCACAAAACGAGGGCUAGCGCGCUAUCUUGAUAUACCUGAAGACAUGAUUCAUCCCGACGAUGUGCCCAUCAUCGCCAUGUGCGGAUCUGGAGGUGGUCUAAGAGCGUUGGUCGCUGGCACUAGCUCAUACCUCUCGGCCCAUGAGCAAGGCCUUUUUGACUGCGUUACCUACACAGCUGGCGUAAGUGGAAGCUGCUGGCUUCAAACGUUGUACUACUCCAACAUCACUCAGCGCAGCCAUGCGCGGCUGAUUCGCCACUUAAAGAACCGACUAGGUGUCCACAUUGCGUUUCCCCCGGAUGCACUGGAAUUGCUUGCUAGCGCGCCUACCAACAAAUACCUCUUAAGUGGACUUGUAGAAAAGGCCAAAGGGACCCCUGAUGCGGAAUUUGGUAUCGUGGACAUAUAUGGUGCUUUGCUCGGAGCAAGAUUGUUGGUUCCCAAGGGUGAACUCUCCGUGGAUGACUACGACUUCAAAGUCUCCAACCAGCGGCGAUACACCGACAACGGAUCACAGCCUUUGCCCAUAUACACAGCUGUACGGCAUGAGAUUCCUCUAACGGAACAGAUGGAUACGAAGGAUCCUGUCGAGGCGCAGGCAAAGGCACGCAAAGAAGCUUGGUUUCAAUGGUUUGAGUUCACACCCUAUGAAUUUUGGUGCGAGGAGCUUGAAGCCGGGAUCCCAACUUGGGCAAUGGGCCGUAAAUUCGACAACGGACGGACCGUGUGGCGGGAAAAUGGGUUGUCGCUACCAGAAGUUCGGGUGCCGUUGCUGAUGGGUAUUUGGGGAAGCGCGUUCUGUGCUACGUUGUCGCAUUACUACAAAGAGAUCCGCCCAGCUGUGCGAGGUCUAGUCGGUUUCGCGGGGCUGGACGCACUGAUAUCUCAACGCGACGAGGAUCUUGUCAAGGUUCACCCAAUUGACCCAGCAGCUAUACCCAAUUUUGCGCUUGGCAUGCGCGAGCUCCUCCCACAAUCCGUGCCUGAAAGCAUCUUUGAGUCCAAGAACUUCCAAUUGAUGGAUGCAGGGAUGAGCAACAAUCUUCCACUGUAUCCACUCAUGCGGCCGGGAAGAAACGUCGACAUUCUGAUUGCAUUCGAUGCCAGUGCAGACGUCCGAACCGACAACUGGCUUAAAGUUGCCGAUGGCUAUGCGCGCCAACGUGGCAUCAAAGGCUGGCCUGUUGGUGCUGGAUGGCCGCCCGAAGAUGAGCCUGUGGAAGAACUCGAACAAGAUUUGGAACAAGCCGCAGCAAAAUCUGAAGAACAGGUGCAAAAGAAGAUCCACCAAGCCGAGGAGGACGAUAAAGCCCGCCAGGUAGAGGGUAAAAGCAAAGAUCUGGGCUACUGCAACGUGUGGGUUGGUUCCACAGAGGAACGGACCAGCACGGACGAGCCGCCUCAGUCUAAACUCGUUGAAGAGGACUGGGAACUCAUGCGCAAAGACGCGGGGCUCGCUGUUAUUUACUUCCCUCUCAUGGCAAACCCCAAAGUCCCCGGUGUGGACCCAAAGACAUCAGACUUCUUAUCGACAUGGAACUUCGUAUAUACGCCUGAGCAGAUCGACUCUGUGGUCGACCUCGCGCGGACGAACUUCCAAGAAGGCGCCGAACAGACCAAGAGAACGGUUCGUGCAGUAUACGAGAGGAAGAAGAAGCACCGAUUGGAAAGGGAGCAAGAGGAGAGGGAGCGCAGAGCGCGGUGGAGGUUGCGGCAGGGUAGGAGCGGAGGCCGGCGCGUCGGGGAGAGCGAUCACGGCGAUCACUUUAGUUGA